CAUCUCCAACUUGGCCACAUCGCUCCGACCACCACUGGCAUCCCGUCUGCGUUCGUCUGCCGUCAUUAGCUACGCAUCGUCCGCCGUGGUCCCACACCGCCGACUAACACCACGAGGCACCAUUCCCGACGAGCCCACUGGAGUUGCAACAACCUUCUCGAAACAGCUUUUGGGGGCGUGGGAUAGACCGCCAUGUUCUCAGAAUAUGCGUCAAAGUUCCUCUCCCAGUCACAGUCACGGUUGUCCAGCUUUGCCGGGCAAGAUAACAACGACCGGCCUUCGUCUCGCCAACCAGGGGGCUGGACCGGCAGAGGCCGAGGACUGAGUGGGCGCUCCUACUAUAGAGGCGCCACAGGCAACCCUUAUCAACCGACUGGCUCUCGCUUUGGUACCCUUGCCGGAUUCGGGUCUCGAUACGCCCAGGAUGCGCCUCUUUUUCAAGCCGCUGUUGAGCAAGAGGAGGAGGACGAGGAGGAGAGAGACCGGGAGGCUGCAGAUCUGUUUGCACUGCAACGCUCCCGUCGCGUGAUACCUGCCGCCCGGUUGGAAGAUAGCACCGAAGCCGAGGAUGAUGGGAGUGCUUCGCUAGAGAGGAGUCGGGGAUACCAAGACGCACUCGGAACUCGCCUCCACGGCAUCAGAAGCAGUUGGAACGACUCUACAAGUCUAUCCAAGCGUGAACACGACCGCCGACAAGGAGGGAGCAAGUUAUUUGGGAAGCACAAACGCCAAGGCUCGGAUGAGGAUGACAGCACCAAGGGGGCCAUGGAAGACGUAGGAUUGCAGUCAACUAUUGCCGAGGAUGAUGAUGACCCGCCAGAGGAUCUGUUGGGUGAGGCUUCUAUGGGCAGCUCACCACCGGCUUUCCAAAAGUUCAAGUCACGGCCGGCAACGCAGAGAUAUUCGACCAGGAGAAGUUCGGUCCAGGAUUCGGAGGCCGGUCUAUUGCACGAGUCGCGAAGGUCGUUCGAGGGUGGAUUGCCACCAGAUGCUGGGCUAACGCCAGCACAACCGGUUGCGGAUGGGGAAAUAUUUGUCCACGAUCCUUUCUUCGCUUACAUAUUCUUGAUUGCUUUGGCUUCCUUGUUUGCGACAUUUGUGCUGGUUUACCUUCACACAAGCGGGAAGCGGCCACUCGGCGACACCAUUUACAACACCAUAACCAAGUCUUUCAACCUACUAGCUGUCGACACAUUGGUUUCAAUGAUUGUCGCAUUUGUGUGGUUGGCGACUUUGCGGGCGUACAUCAGGCCACUGGUUUACUUGAUCUUGGUGUCCGUGCCGAUUAUCAUGACCGCCUUCUCCCUGUAUCCCUUGAUCUUGAGUUUUCGCUCAACGAGCGGAAGUACCCGAGCGCAGGAUACCGUUAUGAGGUGGGCUUCCACUGUCCCAGCUGCUGCGGCCGUGAUCUGGAUAUACAUGGUCUUCAAGGGCCGUCUUGCGAUCCGGUCAGCCAUCAAUAUCCUGGAGUUCUCGAGUCGUAUUCUUGCGGCAAACUCGCCUUUGAUGUUGGUUGGUGUAGGAUGCCUGGCCACGGUAGUGCUCUGGACCUGGGUCUGGUUACUCAUGUUUACCAGAGUCUUCCUGGGCGGGAGUUUCUCCAGCUACCUAUCGCGUUUUAUCAUCAGUGCGUCCAGCUGGUGGCUAGGCAUCUACUUUGUUCUGAUGUACAUCUGGACCUUGUCGAUUCUCUCCGGCAUCCAGCGAGCCACGACGGCGGCGACGGUAUCGCAAUGGUAUUUUCAUCGCAAUGCGGUUCCAGCAGCAUCAUCCAAGGACGUCGUCUCUGCCGCCCUGGGCCACGCUCUCAGCACCAUUUUUGGCACUAUCAGCAUGUCGACACUAAUAGCACUAGCCAUCCGCCUUCCCCUUCUCAUAUUACCCUCUCGCGCUGCAAACAUUCUCAGUAUGAUUGUUUACUCGUUCGUUCCUACACCGAUCGCAGCUCUUACGAACCCGUUGACUCUCACGUAUGCCGCCAUCCAUUCCGAGUCCCUCGCGGUUGCUUCUCGAGGCCUUAGCCGGAUGGACUUCCUUGCCCCUCAGCGGCCCACUACGACGCUUACGCCAGUCGCUCUACGAUCCGACACUCACAACUCCCCACUCCUGCCAUAUCGGCUAGCGAAGCUUAUCUUGCAUGCUACGCGGUUUAUAAUGGCUACCGCACUCGGCUUUGCAGGUUGGGUCAUGACGGCUCGACAGCUGACGGUUGAACGACCCGAUGGGACCCUGGGACUCAAGGGAAGCGCGUACGCCUAUGUUGUGGGUAUGGUUGCCAGCUUUAUCGGAUGGGGCAUCCUGGGCGCAAUGGAAGGUAUCCUGAGCGGUAUCGUCGAUGCCGUUGUCAUCUGCUAUGGUAGCGAAAGGGGAAUGGCUUCAGGCGGUUACUGUAUGGAGGCCGCGCAGCUCUUUGGUUCUUUCAAUGGAUCUUACGGUAGGGGCAGAGAUGAAGAGGACCGCCGCGAGGUUUACUAGGCGUCCAGACCUGACGAGUGGCAUACCCCAUGGAAUGGAAACAUAGCAUUUGAAUGAUGAUGGAACGAAACAAGAUUACGCAUUACGAUGGGAUGGUAUGGUUUGAUACUUUUCGGAACUUCACAACUGGUCUAAAGCGCAGACGAUAUGAGACAGGAAGAGUCAUGGAAUGGUUACGGAGACUGCAC